AUGAUCGAAUGUGACGACUUCGACCUCGAGAUCGGGAUCUACUUGACUAUCAUGCAUUCCUUUUCCAUAAUGGCACUUAUUAUGAACUCAUUUGCUCUAUACUGUGUUGUUCGCAAAUCAACGAAACCGAUGGGCGUCUACAAAUGGUAUAUGCUAGCUUAUCAAAUGGCUUCCACUGCAUUCGACUUUGUUUAUACUGGUCUAACCCUACCAGUGAUCUUUUUUCCCAUACCUAUGGGUUAUCCGGGUGCAUGGAUUGCUCAGUGGCUGUCUAUCAGUACCCAUGCCUCUAUUAUUAUAGCUAUUCUGACGGGUUCCCUCCUAGUUGCUAGUAUUCUUAAUCUUUUCAAUUAUCGACGUCAUUUGGUUACUCCUACUCAUCAUUUUUUGAGGUUCAGAGAAGACGGUGAGUACCAUCUGUGUUGUGAAUAUUCAUGUGCCAAAUCUGCGAUGUCUGUACCUCAACUUACAGUUUUUACUUUCACUAAAGUGAAGCGCUGUGUGAUGACUAUUGUGGCCCUAGUCAUUCUUACUUUCAUUCUCGGUGCAACGUCUAUACUGCUUUCUUUUUAUUUUAUUCAAAAAAGAGGAAAUCUGUCACAAAAAACAAGACAAAUGCAGAGGCGUUUUCUAAUCUAUCUUUGUAUACAGGUACUUCAUUUAUUUAUUCAGUUACACCUCAAGGGUGUGCCCCAUCAAUCACAGGAGAAAAAGUUAGAAGUUAAAGUUUCACUUUGGCAAGGGGAAAGAAAUAAGGAAAAUGCAUCACAACAAAACGAGAUUCAAAGGUUAGAACUAGACCAGCGUUGA